UUUUAAAUCUUAAAAAAAUGGCAACUUACACCAGUGUUUCUCAGCCCUAGCCCUCUGGGAACAGAGUUUCAAUACAACUCUGCUCAAGCACACCUGCCUUUGGUGACUGUCAUUGUCCGGGUUUUACAGAGCCUGAUGAUGAGCUGAAUCAGGUGUGCAUAAGCAAGGCAACAUGGAAAACAUGCAGGACGGUGUACCCCAAGGACCAGGGUUGGGAAAUACUGACUUACACUAUUAAAAAGCCACAGCACUGUUGUGUUGAUAACACACCCCGGUGUCAUAUUGCAGAUCACCCUGUAUGUGUAGCAGCUGAUGGAAUUCAGAUUUUUCAAAAGGUGUUGGCUAAGUAUGGUCACAUUCCCUUGUGGCAAAGCCUGAUUUACAUUCAUCUGGAAGUCAUUAUCUGUCACAGAGAUGUGGGCUUCACUGAUUCAGUUUCAUGAGCUCACGAAUGUCCUGGGAGGACAGAGAGAAGACUGGGUGACGACUGUUAGCUCUAUAGCAAAUGUUAAAUGAAGACACGAUGAGAUCUUAUCAGAUAUAAUCUGUGGGUUAUCUAUCUCCUGAAGUGAAGGGAUGAUGAUGUUCAGAGAGAAAGAAAAUGUGUCAAACCAUGUCUGGGUUUGAAUAGGGAUGGAGCCAUAGAGGGGACAGAGGUGUGGGAUAGAACAACUGAAAUGAAAUGCAAACAUCCAAUUUCUCCAUGUAGAUAUUAAGGAGAUUCAACAUUGAACUAAAAUAAAAGGUAACAGCAAAAAAAGUGUUUUCCAAUUAGUCACUGCACCUUUCAGUUUUUAGUUUUUUUGUGCUUAUCUUUGGACUUGUAAUGUAAUUUUACCACCAACUAUAAAUAUUUAACUGCUAGUUCUAACAAGAUGCAAACUUUUGAACUAAUUUAAAAAAUAAUUUCAUUAUUUCUAGGUCUGAGCUCUUAAUGAGACAAAAAAUAAGAUUUUACAUUUUUUUGCAAGUAUCUCAUGUUUGCAGUGAUAGCAAUGCAAAAACUGAAUUAAAAAAAAGUAACAAGACCCUUUCUCCAAGAAAAAAUGUAUUACUUUCUAUAUUGCAAGAAAAAUAAGCAUAUUAAGAAAGUUUUUCAAGAGAGAAAUGAUCUUAGUUUGAGGAAACCUGCCUAGAACUUUUUCUUAAAAUAAGAGUUCUUGGUGAGACCUUUUUUUUUUUACCCCAUUGGCAGAUUUUAUGACUUUUUUCUAAGUGGGCCUGUUUUUUGCAGUGUGUGUUUUAAUCUCCAAAGAAAAUGUAGAAGGUGCAGAGAUGUGGUGAUGCUUUUGCAAGACAUCAGAGCAUGGAAAUAAAUAGAUGUAAAUAAUGCAAAAAACCCUGAAUACAUCCCCAGACUAAUUGGAAAAAGGUUUAUCAAGAAAAUUUGUAUUUUCUAUCUUAAAAAAAAAAAAAAAAAAAAAAAACCUGGACAGAUUUACAUUUUUUUUAGAAUCAGUUCUGUCCAAGCAGUAAAACUCUGGAACUUUAGUCUCUUACAUGCAGAGUAGGACAGAUGUGCGGUGUGUGACUCCCCCACAUGUCUAUCUAUUAAAUCUUGCUUCUGGUGCAUUAUCAUGAAUGUUAUGUCACCAAUUUUAUCCCUGUAUUUCACUGGUUAACCCUGAUGAACCCAGCCGGUAAGCUGCACUAUCUUCUUGCCUCAUGCACAACAAUGGCUGCUAAGAACUAAAUGUCAGUGUGGAGUGGAACUAUACUGACACAGCUGGACAGAUUCUGGGAAUCAGAGAGGGGUGGAUGUGGGGAGGUGGGAGUGAGGAGCAGAUGACCACGAGAAGAGACAGACAAGGCGGGCAAAUGAACACACCACUGGAGAUCAGAGUACAGCCCAGAGGAAGACGAACAGCAGGGGGUUUGAUUCCGUUGCUUCUCUUCGGAGAGUGAAGAUUCACUAAAGUGAUCCAUGAUCUGUUAAAUAUGAUGUGAGAAAAAGUUUUUCGAUUUUAUUCUUUUCUUUUGGAAGUUUUUGCAGCAGAUUGGGAAUUCCUACUGGCGUUCGAUUUAGUGGCUGAAGCGAUGGGAGAAAUCUGCUCUUCUUUUGUUGGGCCCUCUGCUUUAUCUGCUCAUAAAGUACGUUCUGGAUUUUUUUAUGUUUCCACUGAGAAACCCACUGGAACGACCCUUUUGGCACGCAACAUAUACUUUAUUGGCGGCACCGUUGCAGUUCCACAGAAAUGCAGGCUUGCACAAAUCGUGGAGCGAUGCAUGACGGUGAUGCAGUCCGGGACACAGAUGGUCAAGCUGAAGGCUGGAUCCAAAGGGCUGGUGAGACUCUUCUACCUGGAUGAGCAUCGUUCCUGCAUCCGCUGGAAGCCUUCACGCAAGAGUGAAAAGGCUAAGAUCACCAUAGAUUCUCUGUACAAAGUGACAGAGGGUGGCCAAUCAGAUAUCUUCCAUCGGCAUGCAGAUGGCAGCUUCGACCCAGCCUGCUGCUUCACAGUGUACCAUGGAAACCACAUGGAGUCCCUCGACCUGGUGACAUCAAAUGCUGAAGAAGCCAGGACCUGGAUAACUGGCCUCCGCUACCUGAUGGCAGGGAUCAGCGAUGAGGACUCGCUGGCCAAGCGGCAGCGCACACAUGACCAAUGGAUGAAGCAAACCUUCGAGGAGGCUGACAAAAAUGGAGACGGCCUGCUGAACAUCGAUGAAAUCUACCAACUUCUGCACAAACUGAAUGUCAAUCUGCCGCGCAGGAAGGUCAAGCAAAUGUUUCAGGAGGCAGACACAGACGAUCAACAGGGCACGCUCACGUACGACGAGUUUUCAGUUUUUUACAAGAUGAUGUCCAUGAGGCGGGACCUGUUCCUGCUGCUGAUGGCGUACAGCGAGAGGAAGGACCACCUGACAGCAGAAGAGCUGACUCACUUCCUGCGAAACGAACAGAAGAUGCCCAACGUGACUUCAGAAUAUGCAGCAGAAAUCAUUGACAAGUUUGAGGUGUCUGAUGAAAAUAAACAGAGAGGUGUUAUGGGGAUUGAAGGAUUUACCAGUUUCAUGCGCAGCCCAAGCUGUGACAUUUUCAACCCUUUGCACCAUGAAGUCAAUCAAGACAUGGACCAGCCUUUAUGUAACUACUUCAUCGCCUCCUCCCAUAACACCUACUUGACUGGAGACCAGCUCCUCUCCCACUCCAAAACAGACAUGUAUGCCUGGGUGCUGCAGUCUGGCUGCCGCUGCGUGGAAGUUGACUGUUGGGACGGUCCCGAUGGAGAGCCCAUGGUCCAGCAUGGCUACACGCUGACCUCCAAGAUAACAUUCAAGUCAGUUGUGGAGACCAUCAACAAAUAUGCCUUCAUAAAUAACCAAUAUCCAGUCAUUCUCUCCAUUGAGAACCACUGCAGCAUUCAGCAGCAGAAGAAGAUUGCAGAGUAUCUGCGGGUCGUCUUUGGAGACAAACUCGACGUGGGAAAUUUCCUGAACAGGGACUCCAAAACAUUACCUAGUCCUCACAGUCUACAAGGAAAGAUACUCAUUAAAGGUAAACGCCUGCCUGCGUAUCUGUCUGCGGAUGCUGAGGAGGGAGAGGUUUCAGAUGAUGACAGCGCUGAUGAGAUAGAGGAAGACUUCAAACUCAAGAGCAGUAAUGGCAACGGCCAUCAUCAAGUAGAGUCUCACAUUAGAAGCAAGCUGGAUUCACUGUUGAAGGAGUCUCAGAUUGGAGACAAGGAGGAUACUGACAGCUUCAGCAUCAGGGCUCUGCUACGAGCCACGCACCAGGGCCUUCAGAAGAACCUGCGGCAGAGUUCCAAAGGGGUUCUGAAGAAAUCCCAAAGCAGAUCUUUCAUCACAACGCUCAAACAAAAGAGACAUUCCAAAUCCAGGCUGUCAUGCCAAAGCACGGAAAAUGAAGACGAUGUUCAGGAAAGGUCUCCGAAAGAGGCUGCAGGACAGUUCAACAGAGGUGGAAGGAAGAGGAAGACGAUGAAACUGAGCAGAGAUCUGUCAAAUGUGGUGGUGUUCACCAAUUCUGUGGCUUCGCAGGAGUGUUUGAACGAAGGCACUCCAGGUGACGUUUUGUCAUUCAGCGAGACCAGGGCCCAAUCUCUGGUCAAUCACAGGACUGAACAGUUCCUGGCUUUUAACCAGAGGCAGCUGUCACGGAUUUAUCCGUCUGCCUAUCGCAUCGAUUCUUCUAAUUUCAACCCUCAGUUCUACUGGAAUGUGGGUUGUCAGUUGGUGGCUCUCAACUAUCAGACAGAGGGGAGGAUGAUGCAGCUCAACAGAGCCAAGUUUAUGGUCAAUGGAGGAAUUGGCUACGUUCUUAAGCCUCCUCCAAUGUGUAAAGGCACCUUCAACCCAUUCAGUGAUGACCCACUUCCAGCUUAUCCCAAGAAGCAGCUCGUUCUCAAGAUCAUUAGUGGACAGCAGCUGCCCAAACCACCAGACUCCAUGCUGGGGGACCGCGGAGAGAUUAUCGAUCCGUUUGUAGAAGUGGAGAUCAUCGGUUUGCCAGUUGACUGCUGCAAGGAGCAGACGCGAGUUGUGGAUGAUAAUGGUUUCAACCCAGUGUGGGAGGAGACUCUGUCCUUCACACUUCACAUGGCUGAGGUGGCACUUGUGCGCUUCCUCGUCUGGGACCACGACCCGAUUGGACGGGACUUCAUUGGCCAACGGACUGUAGCCUUCAGUAGCCUGAUGCCUGGUUUCAGACACGUUUACUUGGAAGGGCUAACCGAGGCUUCCAUCUUUGUGCAUGUGUCCGUACAUGAUGUCUAUGGGAAGUGGAGCCCAUUAGUCCUGAACCCCAGCUUUACCAUUAUGCACUUUUUAGGAACCAAUAAGAGUAAUCAGCUGCGAGGUAUCCGAGGUUUCUUCAAUCGAUCCUCAAAGUCUUCCGUGGACUCAAACUCCAGCGGACUGCGGAAACGCUCCAUCAGCGAUCAUCUACUGCGGCGCACAGCGAGUGCUCCUGCAAAGGGACGGAAGAAGACCAAGAUGGCGCUAUCAGAGUCUGUUGCCUCAAUAUCUGACCAUAAGAAAGGCAGCGGUGCAGGGCAGGGAGGUGAGGGAGUGUCAGAAAAAGAAGGAGGAAUGCGAAAGCCUCUCCAGCCUCGGCCCCCUCUUAUCCACAGACCUAUCUCAAUGCCGUUAGACAAGCUUCUUCAAGGACAGCUGUCCCUCUGCUCCCCAGACAGCACACAGAACGAUAUAGUCACUGACACAGUCACUGGAACCGGUCCAUUUGACCGGCCCAGGUCGUCCUCUGUGGACCUCUUCAAUAAAUCUUCUUUCCAAGUUGGAAUAUGCAUCUCUGGUCCCUCUGAGACACAUGAACAUAAGGAGUCAAGCCACUCGCAAGAGGCUUCCUAUUUAGUCAUUGGUGAUGACGAAGUGCAAAAGGAAGAAGACUAUGUCAACUAUCAGUCAAAACACAAGAGAUCAAACAUCUCAGCAAGAGAAGAUAAUUUUUCAUCCCCCAAGUCAAGAAAUACUUAUACGAAAUCAGACAAACCAGAGACAUCAUCUAACAGCACAGCAUUCACAGUUGCAGCUUCUGUGUCCUCCUCCUCUUCCUCUACCACCUCAUCAGUUUCGACUGUUUCCUCAUUCAGUAACAAAAUCUGCCCAAAGAGCGUUACCUCUCUGAACGAUACCACCAUCUCAAGACUCAUUGAUGCAGUUUCCUUAAGCAAUGAACAAGACACAUGCAGCUCCAUUUCUGCUCUUCUUGAUCAGUUUGAAUUCAGUUUGGAAAAAAACAGCCUUACCCCGUCUCGGGUUUCAAAUUUAAGACCCGAGUUAAGGUCUCCUUUUGAAACGAAAACAUCAUCCCAUAAUAAGAAAUUUCUCCUCAGUCCCCGUGAAGUAGCUCAACAGAACAACAAUCGGAAUUCUGAGAUGUGUUCACCGAGCUAUAGUUCCCAGUCAGAUCUAAAGGAUCUUGCCGUCACCUCAAGCCCAGAAACGGCCGAGCUAGAGGAAGUCUACACCAUUCUGGAUGAAGAAGUUCUGUUGCCUCCAUCAGUGCAUAACCAAACGAAACAGAUUAAUCACAUUCAAGCAGGAACUACAGUGAGUGCAUCUUUGAGAAGUUUUAAAUUCCCCCCAGGGAAAUCUGUGCAGACUUUAGGUAAAGAGCACAGUAUGGACUGGAAUGAUGUAAAUAGAAAUAGGGGUGAAAGUGUAGAGACAGAGGAGAGGGUGUAUGAGGAGGUAUUUGACCUGCCGGGUCCAUUACCUAAAAAGAACCACUUAAGCUCCUCUUCAAAGAAUAAUUGCUUUCAGAUUCUCCACACUUCAGCUGAAGAGGCAUGUACAGAAGUAGAGCUAAAUGUGGAUGAGGAUCCUUUGGAGUUUAUGGUUACUUCACCAAGCAACCAGUACAAGGGGCUUACAAGUUCAACCAAGCGACAUGCAAUUUACCAAAACCACGAGCCCACUUUGAGCAAUUUCCAGCAAAAACAGCAAUCAUCAUUUGCUCCAUCUCAGUAUCCAACACAGUUUUCUCAUGCAACAUCUGCACAAUGUAACUCCCCAGUAAACAACCAUUGCAAUUACAUGUUCAACCAUGAACAGCAGGUUACUUUCCAAUCUUCCCAUUGCAAUACACUUUUAUUGUCUGGGCCUUCCAACCUUAGCGCACUCCGUCAGAACAGUUACCCCACAUCUUGGAGCAACACAGAGGUAAUCAACAAAAACAUCGACUUAAGUGUUUCCUGUGCAAAAGAGAGGAGCAACAGUUGCAGCCAGAUUCAACACAAAUCUCAUGAAGAUGGAUCGGGCCAUAACCCAAUGAAUCGAAAACAAGUGGGGUACUUUUACAAUGGUGUUUCUUCUGCUGAGAGCAUUCCAGACCAUUCAGAUUUAUCUGUUAACAGAUCUAGAGACAGAGACAUGUAUUUGCCCUUCUCUGAAAGUGAAGGCAUGUACAACCUCAUGGACUACGACUGUACUAGCCCUGUAUCAAAGAGUUCAACAUCCAGAAACAUCCAGACAUGUAACCAAAGUCAAACUAAACCCCCUAUAUCUGGUCAGUUGCAUAGGGCUCCGCUCAAUAACACCAGGUGCAAGCCACAGCCAGAAACCCAAACAUUGAUCCACUCAAAUGUGGGACCUUUGAGAAGUUCCUUCCACUCCACUACCAAAGACUUUACAGCUCCCACCCCAUGCAAGUCUAAGUCUUUGGGAGACUUGACCUCCGAAGAUAUUUCAUGCAAUUUUCAAAGCAAAUAUCACAUAAUUAGCCGCAGUUUCAUAAAACCACAAUUGAGGAAGCAAAAGCAUGUAGACACUAAGGGGGAUUCUGCAUUUCACUCACAGCCCAGUGAUCCACUCACAGAACAGCUGCGUAGGCUGGUCAGUCUGGAGGGAGAUAAUAGUGACACAGAAAGACCUCUGUCCCCUCAGUUGAAUCAGGAAGCUCAGUCUCCAUUUCUUCCAAGAAACGAUUCCCCUCCAGUCCUUACCCGUCGUCUUUCCUCUCGAAGCCAGAGUCGAGUGCGUCACAUAAACAGUCGUGCUCGUGAGAGGCAACAGGAAGCUAUGAAAUCCCAGCCGGAGGUAGUGAACUGUGGUACGGCCACCUCAGAUGGAGUGGUGCUUAGGAAUAAACCAACUUCACAGAAUUUGUCAACAAACAGACACUCUACUGGUUCUUACAUAGCUGGCCACCUUGAUGAGAUAGAUGACAGGGGACUUCCCGAAGGUACUUGCACAUUUCUACGCUACAGCAGUGGGGACCAUUAUGGAGAUCUGUAUCAUAUGGACGACUCUCUCCCAUCUUUGCACUCUUCCCAUUCAGUGUCUGAGCCUGAAGUCUAUUUUCUGCUGAGAUUGUAGCUUUGAGCUAACUUUGUAUGAAAACAUAGUUCAGUCAGUGAGAUUUUAAGAUUUUUUUUUUUAACUACUGUUGUACACCAAAAGCCAGACGACCAUUUAAACUUGCAAUUGUUCAUCAGCAUGUUCACUGACUAAGAGAAUUUCCUCUCCUGCAUUUAAAACCGUGGUCCGGCUGUUUCUGGUACUUAAAAUAAACUGUGAGUGAAACAUUGCAUAUAACCCAUUGUUGAACCUUACGGCAUGACUUCCUGUAUGAAAUGUCCACUAUGACCUAGAUGGCUUUGUGUUGUCUCUAUUCAGUGUGUUAAUGUACUUGGGAAUGUGCAGUCCUUUCAAACAGCUUCUCGGACUGAUUGUAUAGAUACGUGUUAUCGCCAUCACUGUGUCGUACCUUCCAAUCUACAAUCACAAACGUUGAAGCAAAAACAGACCAAGCAGAGAGAGAAUGUCCUUGUAAAAUUUGAAUGUGUUGUGAGAACGAGCGAUUACUAGAUGGAUUUUUUUUAAAACAUCAACUGUAAGUCUUCCUUUUCCUUUUGGUGGUAUUUUCAUACUUGUGUUGUGUGUAAAUUUCCUUGACAUGCUUCUUUGUCAAGCUAUAUGUUACAAACCACUUCAAACUGUACAUCUCUGUGCAUGUUACGUGUGAACAUGUCAAGCAUGACUAUGCACCUGUUUCUACUAUAGAUGUUGCAUUACCUAAAUACAUUUGCACAGAACCAAUGGAAAAAGGAUAUAGGGUUGUUGGCACUGGGUGCAACACAGUGCAUACAUGUCUGUGCUUGGACUUGUUACUUUUUAUUACCUGUAGAUUUUUCAAAUCUGAUGGAAAAAGUCAAAUGAAAAAAUAGAAGAAAAGAAAAAGAACUUGGGUUUAAAUGUUUUUUAUUUUUAUAAUUACUUUGAUACAGAUUUCAACAAUGCCCUUUUGUUUGUUUUGGUUAUUUUGUUUUAUACAACUUAAUCAGCAGAGCAAAUAAAUUGUCAGACACACAGGGCCAUGCUUAAGAGUGCAGGGCAGCAGAGCUGCAGGUUUACUAUUACUUUUUAGAGAUUGUUUCAGUGUUAAUCCAUUUUGUUUUCUUUGUAAUGUUGCUCAUCGCAGACAUGUGAGCAUUUUCCUAUCAAUGCAAUAAAACAUUGAAAUACAUGAUUUAACAAA